UACUAUAGAUAGCCAUAAUAUCUCCAAAAAGCAAAUAGUCACUACGUUCUUCAGUAUCUCUUAUGAGUCUGUGCUACAAGUAAAAAAAUGUUCUUAUAAAUAUGCAACUAAAAUAAUUUCUACACAUAAAGUAUUAAUAAGUUAUUUUGAAAAUGCAGGCGUUUACAACAAAGUCAUUCUCUAGUUUAAUUAGAGCGCGUCUUACCGAAUUCUUCCCUCGUCAACAUUAUGUGACCCGCAAGAGGUUUUACCGCAACACUGGCAUCGUCCAGAGCGACAGCAAGUGGGAAGUGACGCUGGACCACCGGCGACUGAAGACGCCGAACGGCAGCGUGCUGUCGGUGAGCAGCGAGCCGCUGGCGCGCGCCGUCGCCGCCGAGUGGGACGCACAGCUCGAACACAUCACACAGCCCACCAUGCACCUGACAGCUUUGUGCAAUACAGCCAUAGACAACCCUGGGAAGUUGACUUCACAUGACAUUGCUAGUUAUUUACUUGACUUUCUACCUACAGACACACUCCUGUUUCAUUCAGAGGAAGAAGAGGAAUUAAGAGCACUGCAAGCAAAGAAAUGGACACCAGUACUAGAAUGGUUUCAAAAGAGAUUCAAUGUUACCCAAGAGACAUCCAAGGGCUUGACACUCCCACCUGUGGCUACGGACACCCGAGCAGUAUUGGCACGAUACUUUCUGUCAUUUGACUUCCCUGCACUUAAUGCAAUUUAUUUCGGCGUAGAAGCCCUGAAGUCCCCCAUACUGAUGAUUGCGUGCGUGGAGCGUCAUCUGGAGCCGAAAGAGGCAGUGUUGCUGUGCCGCCUCGAGGAAGAGUACCAGCUGUCUCGGUGGGGCCGCGUGCCCUGGGCGCACGAGCUGAGCCAGGCGGAGCUGACGGCGCGCGUGGCGGCCGCGCUGCUGGCGGUGGCGGGCGCGGGCGAGGCGCACUCCGCGCGCGCCAAGGCCGCGCCGCCCGAGACCGCCUAGCCCUGCCGUGAGCGCUCACGACCAAAAUGGUCUUAGCGAGUCAAAUAUUAACUUUGUAGUGAUCACAGUUCGAUUUCAAUCAGUCAAGCACUUCUUUAAAAGAGGUUGCUUAGCAGUAGUUUCGUAAGAGGUUUCGUUUCUCGUACAUCUCUAGUGAAAAAGCAAUAUAACUUGGUUGUAAAUACCGCAUUUGAACUGUAAAUAUGAGGUCAAACGUGUCCCGGGUCCUGGAUCAAAGUGCGUACAGAUGUGUAAAAAAUAUAAAUACUUGUUACCUA